CCCCGACAUCAACCUAAACAAUACACUCUCUAAAAGUUAUAUGUAAGUACCUAAUUUUACUUUUCUUAACAAUUCAGCACCUAAACUUUAAAGCAUUCUACAAACAGGUCGGAAUUUUUUUUGGACAAAUCCGAAUUUUCAUACUAGCUACUGUCUGAAGACAUGCAUUUGAACAAAUCCAAAUGCAUAUCAAAUUUACCUAACAUGCAAAGUCCAAACAAAUCAUUUACUAAUAUUUGUAAUUCAAAAUCUCAAAUCUAAAAUUUCAAACCCACACCCAGUACUUUUAGGGGUUGUUUGGAGAAUAUAAGUUUAAAUCUAUAGAUUGUCAACAAUCUAAAGAUUCUAACUCUCCAGAUUGUUGAAAACAGAUUUUAAAAUAUUUAUUGUUUGGUAACUGUGAUUAAUAACAUUCAAUUAAAAUAAAAAUUUAAUUUUAUAUUAAAUAAAAUUUGUAUCCUUAAUAAAAAAAAUUAGAGUGGUUCAAGAAAUGUUAAAAACUUUGUUGAUAGAUAUAUUUCAUGUGAUAAAUAAAUAGAAGUAAGAGAAAAACUAGGAGAAAAAAAAUCUCACGAAUCAAGAUAUAGAAUCUCUCUGAUUAUGAGAGAUUUGAUAUCCGCACAUUUUAAAGAUUUUAAAUCUCUAAAGCUAGAAUCCAUAAUAUAGAAAGCAACAAAAAAACAUAACUUUCUACAUAAUCUACAGAUUUAGUGAAUCCAUGUCCUGAAUCCUGUUCUCCAAACGACCCGUUAAUACAACAACAAAUCCCCUACUAAUCAUGGAAGAAUCCUCCUUGUACCAUCCUCAUCCAUUUCCCAAUUUAUUAUCAAAACAAUGCAACUGAUGUUUUCUCUCUGAGUAGAAGAACCGCAACGCCUAGUUUGAUGUUGCCAUAUACCAAUUUCUUUUCUUUUUUUUCCUCGCUGCUGAAAGCAAUACGUACCAGAAGGAAGCCACCAAUAAUUUGACUCCCCCCUCGCUCACUAUAUCAAAAAGUCCUUUCUCUCCUUCCACUACCACAAAAAGCUCAAAUUAUGGUAGAAAGCGGCUACAGACCGACGGCUCUUCCGCCGCGGCCUCCUCCUCCUUCUCCCUCCAAAUCCUACCUCCCGAUGCUCUACUACGGCCUAGUAGUCGUCGGCACCGCCGCCGUCGUGCUCGCCCUCUACAACAUCGUCAUCAUCCGAUUCUGCAUCCGACACCGCCGCCCGCCGUCGAGUCCCGGCGGCAGCGACGGGGAAGCUGCGAAUCACUACGGAAGCCGGGGCCGCCGCCGCGUGAAUAACCUGCGGGCGCUGUCGAGCUUCAAGUACAGGAAGCAAAGAAGAGAAGGCGGCAGUGAUGAUGACGACGACGACGGCAGCGGCGGCGUCGGCGGGAGGAGGAGGAGGAGGAGCUUCGGCGAGUCGUGCGCGGUGUGCCUGUGCGCGUUCGAGGAAGGCGAGGAAGUGAGGCAGCUGCCCAACUGCGGCCACCGGUUCCACGUGGCGUGUAUUGAUAUGUGGCUCUACUCUCACCCCGACUGCCCUCUCUGCCGUGCCGCCGUUCAGAUUUCGCCCCCGCCGCGGCCCAUAACUACUACUUCCGCCGGAGCAGCUGCCGUGUCGAUGACGUCAGGCAGCCAGUCAUCGGCCGGUGGACAACGACAAGAAGGGAUUGUGUUGAUGAUAAGCUCUGCUCCCCUUACUUGAUUAAGCGUCGAGCGAAUUUGAAUUUCUUAAUUCGUUGAUCGAUAAAGUAAUUACUGAAGACAGUAGAGAAAAAUUAAUUACUUUUAGUAACAUAUUUUAGGUUCUGUAAAAUUAAAAGGUUGAAAAUAGUCGGUUGUAAUCGAAAAGUCAGUGAUAGGUUAUUUUAUGUUGAAAUCGGGGUUUAACCGUUCAUGGUUCACCUGUUUCAUGUGGAUAAAUAUCGCCUACUGAAUUCGCUUUCAAUAGGAUGUUUUUCUGGUCGAACUGCUAAUACGGUAUGGUUUUUCAAUCAUUGAUGAUGUAAGCAGAAUCCUGGAAUCCGAACUCGCUCACGAAUCAGAAUACGCAGCUCUUACUUAAUUUUUAGGGUUUUUCUGGGAUUUUCUCAAGAACUAAAAAAAUUAAAGGAUAGGAUGGGAAAGGAUUGUCGUGCAACUUCAACACACGGGAAGAGGCUCGAACAAUAUCAGUGUAGAUGCCCGCUCAUGAUCAAUGUGAUUUUGAUCGAUACAGAGUUAGAGUCGAGUUUGGAAUCCACCAAACUCACAUUCAGGAGUAAACACUCAAGAACAAAAGUUUAUUUUUUAUUCAUCAAAGUCUUAAUUGUCUCUUAAAAUUCGUUGCUUACAACCUUUUAAAUAGGUAUGAAAAAUAAACCUAAUGAAAACACCAAAAAAGAAAAAAAAAUCAUAAACGAAAAAGAUAACAAAACUCGGCAGGACCCAAAACCCAAUCUAUAUACUCAGAUCGGGUAUUUUACAUAACUGGCCGGCGAAAAUUCCUGGACCGAAUUCCCGGUCUCUUCUCCCAUUUCUCCGAUCGGGGAAUUGAUGAUUCCGGCAGGGUUUUCUAAUCUGCUUUGGCAGCCGGGAAUCAUAUCAAUUGAUAAAAUCACGAUUGUACAGUUUUUUUACAAUGUUGUUGUCCCUUGUCAGGAACGGCUUGGAGGUUUCGUCGUAUUGAUUGUAGUAGAUUAGUAAAGAGUAGAUGGCUGACGGUGCAAGUAACGACUCCUUUAUCUCAUUGUUUUUUGUCGUUUUACAAACUCAGAUUUGGAUCUGAUUAUCUUUAGUCAGUGGCCAAGAUUAAAUUAAGGAGGGCCAAAGAGCGCUCUAAUCAUAGAUACUAAUUACUCCAUAUACAAGCUAGAUAAGCACUCUCUCUGCUUAUCCCAAGCCAUGACACUCUUUGUUCUUCCAUUCGCUCCACCUAUGCCCCAAAAGAGUUAAAUUGCAAAUAUGUAUAAGGUGAUAUAUUUGUUCUUUUAGUUAGUAUAUAUUAAUUAAACUAAUAUAUAAAAGCAUAGGUUUGAG